UUAAGGCUUAAAUAAUUUACCAGGUGUAUCUUGAUGAUUUACCUACAUAGGUUUUGUCUAGGAUAAUUUAAGGCAUUUUAUAACACGAAAAUAUAAACAAUGGCAAAAAACACUAAAACACCAAUAAUGGUUCUUCAAGAACUGACACAAAAAAAUCACUGGGCACCGCCAGAAUACAAUAUUGUCCAUAGCACAAGUGGAACACAUAUAAAUCGAUUUGAUUUUGAAGUUCAUGUUCAUCACAUUGUUGCAUAUGGUACUGGUACAUCAAAGCAAAUUGGUAAACAGGAAGCAGCUUUUAAUGCCCUGAGGGAUUUAAAAGAGUUGGGUUUUUACAACGAGGCAGAAAAUCCCACACAGCAGUUUAGCGGUGGUAUUGUUAGUCCAGCUCCAGAAAGUCCUCUUGUUAAAUUUAAUAACAGUUAUAUAGCUGCUUUAAGUGAUUUAUGUUUUGAAAACAAAAUAGCAAAUCCUGUAUAUAAAGAAAUUUCUGGGACAGGUCCAGCACAUUCCAGGGAAUUUACUUAUGAAUGUCAAAUAUCAUCAAUUAAGACUGAAGCUAUUUCAACCACUAAAAAAGCUGCUAAACAGUUGGCUGCACAAAAAAUGUUGGAAAGAAUAAAAAAUAUAGUACCCGAACUAGUAAAAGAGUUUGAACUAUCUCCAAUGCAAAGUGAAGAUGUGGCUUUAAAAAAAUAUAAAGAAUUUUCCAUUUUCAAUGUUGUGGAAAAUAAAUCUGUUCCUAUAAAGGAUUUUACAGAAACCCUACCAAAUUUAGCCAGAGAAAGAAAUUUUACUUAUACAGAUUUUGAACAGGAUCUUCAAGAGAAAACAGAAGAAUCUUUAAAAGCAAUAUUAGACAAAUUAGAGCUGGAAUAUAAAAUAAUAGAAUUUCAGAGUGAGCCAUAUAUUGCAUAUUUAACUUUAAGUACAGAUACACCUUUCACCCUUAUGGGUGUGGGAGAAAAUAAAUCUAUAGCCACUGAGGAAAUCAUUAUUCAAACUUUUAAAUUACUAGAUUGUUACUUAAAAUCGAUUUAAAAUUACUAAAAAUGCUUUAAAUAGCUGUUUUAAACCUUUAAAAAUUAUUAAAUUUAAGUGUAAAUAAUGUUUUAAGUUUAUGAAAACUUUGUGAUUAUUUUUUUUAUAUAGGAUAACAAAAACCCAGCACAUAUGCCUAGCCCAA